AUGAUGCUAUUAGCAUCAUCAUUAAAAAGUUCGAUGGCACAGGAAGUUGCCACCGCCACUGUGAUAACGACAACAACAACACCAACGGAAAGUUCAAAUUUUACCAAUAAAUUGCAAACGGAAAUUGAAGAAAAAAGAAGAGAAGAUGAAAAUUCCUCAAUAACUGAUAGUCCAACAACAACAACAACAACAACAUCAGAAACAGCAACAGUACUUAAUGUAACACAGGACACCACUACAACAACAGAAGCAACAGCAACAACGGCAGCACCAGUCAAUAGUAACAAAAUUGAGCUAAUAACUGAUGCUCCUCCAUUAACGACAACCACAACGAAGAUGACUAACCAGACCACAACCUCACACACUGAUCCGCAUACAGACGAUGUAGGUCCUUUUACCACCACCACCCACACACCAACCUUCAGCACUACCACAACUGAGUCGCCAAUAAGUUCAUCUUCUUCUUCUCCUCCGACAUCGUCGUCGCCCAACGUUACUUUGACCUCUGAUCUGUAUUGUAACCCCUCACUGUGUGAAUCAUACAACGGCACCCACACACAAGUGUUGCCACACGUUGCUUGCCACAAUCCUGGGCACUUUGCUGCAACCUGCGGUGCCCAACCACACCUGCUGCACAUGAGCGAACGACGUCGUAAUCUCAUUUUGGCUUUGCAUAAUUUGGCACGUUCCCGCAUAGCAUCGGGUCAAGUGGCCGGUUACAAACCAGCCUCGCACAUGCCACAAAUUAAAUGGGACACCGAAUUGGAGCAUUUGGCCACGUUGCACGUGCAACGUUGCAGCUUUACUCAUGACCUGUGCCGCAAUACGCCCCGCUUUCCCUACAGCGGCCAGAAUAUCGGUUACUAUUGGAUAAGACGUGAAAUCAAGUCGCAUUCUCGUCGCAUGAAAAACUUUAUUGUCAAUUGGUUUAAGGAACACAUCGAUGCCAAUCAAUCAUUCAUUGAUGCGUAUCAUUUGCAUCCGGAGGGCAAGAAAAUUGGCCAUUUCACACAAAUGGUAGCCGAUCGUGUACAUCGUGUCGGUUGUGCUGCAAUUCGUUAUCAUGAACCCGAUCAACCGUUGGAUACCAAGUUCCUAAUGACCUGCAAUUAUGAUUAUACAAAUAUCUAUACGGAACCGAUAUAUCAGAGUGGACCACCAGCAUCGAAAUGUUCCUAUAAUAUAAGUGAAAAAUAUCCGGCUCUAUGCGAUUGGAAAGAAGCUAACUAUGAAUAUGAAAUUGAAGACGAAGAAGCGGAGAAUGCCACAUUUAAUAAUGUACGAUAUUAA